AAGACAAGCCGAGGCACUGACCAGGGGGUGCUAGAGGGACUAAACGCCAAAGAAUAGGUAUAUAAAUCCUAAUGUCUGCAACAAAAGCCUCCGAUUCUGCAGCCGAACGUACUGUGGCCUCACAAGUUCCUUUUGCUGAUCUCUGCUGCACUCUUGAAAAAGUUCAAAAAUGCAAAAACAGAACUGAGAAAAGUCACAUUUUUAAACAAUUCGUUGAUUCAUGGAGAAAAUUUCAUGAAGCCCUUCAUAAAAGUCAGCCAAAAACAACAGAUUCUUUCUAUCCAGCCAUGCGGCUUGUAGUUCCACAACUUGAAAGAGAGAGAAUGGCUUAUGGAAUCAAAGAAACUAUGCUUGCUAAAUUGUACAUUAAGGUUUUAGGCUUGCCAAAAGAAGGCAAAGAUGCAAUAAAACUUUUGAAUUAUAGAUCGCCAACUAGUUCACAUAGUGAUGCAGGGGAUUUUGCAGCCAUUGCUUAUUUUGUUCUCAAGUCAAGAUGCAGAAAAGAGGGUAGCUUGUCAAUACAAGAAGUAAAUUACCAUUUAGAUUCAAUUGCUAAUAAUAAUGCAGCAAAAAAGAAGGAACUCAUAGAAAAAAGUUUGCUGCAUUUGAUUGCUAACACGACUGCUCUUGAACAAAAGUGGCUCAUCAGAAUGAUUAUUAAGGACAUGAAACUGGGUUUUAGCCAGCAAACAGUUUUCUCCAUCUUCCAUCCCGACGCAGCAGAGCUGCAUAAUGUUACUACCGAUCUUGAGAAAGUUUGUAUUCAGCUGCAUGAUCCUAAUGUGUGUCUCAGUGAUGUUUCCAUAUCAAUGUUCUCUGCUUUUAAACCAAUGCUGGCUGCCAUUGCCAAUAUUCAGAAUAUUGAAAAGCAAAUGAACCACCAGAGUUUUUACAUUGAAACAAAACUUGAUGGAGAACGAAUGCAGAUGCACAAAGAUGGGGACGUAUAUAAAUAUUUCUCACGGAAUGGAUUUGAUUACACACAGCAGUUCGGUGCAUCUCCUCUUGAAGGUUCUUUGACGCCAUAUAUUCACAAUGCUUUUAGUCUGAACAUACAAAAUUGCAUUCUAGAUGGAGAAAUGAUGGCAUACAAUCCAAAUACUCAGACUUUCAUGCAAAAAGGAAAUAAGUUUGAUAUUAAACGCAUGGUGGAUGAUUCUGAGUUGCAAACUUGUUACUGUGUUUUUGAUGUUCUGUUGCUUAAUGAUCAAAAAUUGGCACAUGAAACUCUCAGAAAAAGAUAUGACAUUCUGCAAGAGAUUUUUAUCCCAAUUCCAGGCAGAUUCCAUAUUGUUGAUAAAACAGAAGCAAGCACAAAAAAGAAUGUUGUGGAUGCACUUAAUGAAGCAAUUGAUAAAAGGGAAGAAGGCAUUAUGGUUAAAGAUCCAAUGUCUAUCUACAAACCAGACAAACGUGGGGAAGGAUGGCUGAAGAUUAAGCCUGAAUAUGUAAAUGGCUUAAUGGAUGAGCUAGACCUAAUCAUCAUUGGAGGCUACUGGGGAAAAGGUUCCCGUGGUGGAAUGAUGUCCCAUUUCUUAUGUGGUGUUGCCGAAGCAUCAGGUCCUGGGGAAAAACCAUCUGUUUUUCACUCAAUUUGCCGUGUUGGCUCUGGUUAUACCAUGAAAGAAUUAUUUGAUCUUGGUUUAAAGUUGGCUCCUCACUGGAAAACAUAUCGGAAAAGAGACCCACCCAGCAAUAUUCUUUGUGGAAUAGAAAAACCUGAAGCAUAUAUUCAACCUUGUAAUUCUGUUAUUGUGCAAAUUAAAGCAGCAGAAAUUGUUACCAGUGAUAUGUACAAAACUGGUUGCACUCUUAGAUUCCCUCGUAUUGAAAAAAUAAGGGAAGAUAAGGAAUGGUAUGACUGUAUGACACUUGAUGACUUGGAACAGUUUAGAGACAAAGCAUCUGGGAAACUGGCUUCUAAACACUUACAUAUUGAUGAUGAACCACAUGAAAAGAAACGUAAAACUGCACCAAAGCUUAAGAAAGUGAUUGGAAUUGUUUCACAUCUAAAAGCACCUGACCUCAGUAAUGUAUAUCAGGAGUCCUCUGUGUUUGCAGAAGUGGAGUUCUGUGUUAUGAGUGGAACAGAUACGCAUUCUAAAGAUGAUCUAGCGAACAUUAUUGCUAAAUGUGGAGGUAUUGGGGUACAGAAUCCUGGGGCAGAUACAUACUGUGUUAUUGCAGGAACAGAGAAUGUGAGAGUGAAAAACAUUAUCUGCUCAAAUAAACAUGACGUUGUUAAAGCAGCAUGGCUAUUGGAGUGUUUUGAAAGUAAAACCUUUGUGCCAUGGCAGCCUCACCACAUGAUACACAUGUGUCCAUCGACUGCAGAACAUUUUGCUUGCGAAUAUGACUGCUAUGGCGAUAGCUAUAUCACAGAUACAAGCGAAUAUCAAUUGAGAGAGGUCUUUCACAGAAUGUCUAACAUAAGAGAGAAAAUUCCCUUUGAAAUGAUGGCUGAUUUAGAAGAGAGGUACUCAUGGAAUAACUCUUCUCAUAGUUUCUUUCGUCAUUGCACGGUAUAUGUCGAUAGUUUUGCCACAAUUAAUGACCCAACUACAAGAAUAAAUACAUCCAGCCUAAAUCUAAGAGCACUGGAACUACGUUUUCAUGGUGCAAAAUUAGUAAAUCAGCUUGAAGAAGGAAUUUCACAUGUUGUAGUUGGUGAAGACUUGUCCCGUCUGGAGCAAAUGAAAACUAUGAGGAGGGCCAUUGCAAAAAAAUUUAAAAUUGUGUCUGUUUCGUGGGUACUUGAUUCAGUAAAAAUGAGAGUGCCUCAAAUGGAAAAUUCAUAUUUGCUAUAAGAAUGUAUGUACAUAUGUUGUUUUUUUUUUUUUUAAAGAAACCCAUUUUUAUAUUUGUGUUUUAUUUGGAAAUUAUGUGCUUACUUCUUACUGUAUAUUAGUUCUUUUAAUUUUAAGAACAAAAAUUUAAGUACCACCAAACUUCCAGUUUUAGAAUUGGUCUUAAUAAUGAAAGUUUGAAAUCUGUUUUAUUGUCGUCUAUACUGCUUUUUAAUUUAUGUGUCUGAUUUUAAACAUUAAUUUUCUAUGCAUAAUGUUUUUUCUUAUAUAUUUUUAUGUAUAUUUUUAAUCUAUGUGAAUAAAAGGAUGUACAGUA